GACUGCACGCAUGCAUUGCGACACGUCGGCAGUUGUUUUUGGUUAGGUUAGUUUACGCUCGUUCCGUCGUCAUACCAGCUCGAAAAGUGGCCAAUGACUGAUACGGUGUAGGUUUUGAUACGUAAGACGGUUUCGAGACACGUUUUGAUGUUGGGCCGAACCGACCGAAUUCCUUGCUGCGACGAAGAAUGUGAAAAUCGCUGAUUGUCAUUUGUUGACAUAACGCUGCGGGAGAAAAGUAGAUUGUCAACUGUCACGUGGCUUACCUCGCGAAGAUCACCGGUAACAAGAAGCUGCGAAAUCGUGAGAAACAAUGGACAUACUAGAUGACAUGGAUAUGUUUGAGGACAGUCCAAGUGGCAUCGCUCUCGGUGAUCCGUUGGAGCAUUUGUUGCAAGUGAGCCCGUCAACAUGUGCAGAAGUUGCUGAAAGUUCGAAGGAACUUAAUCCCAUCAAAGAUCAUUUAUUGAAGCAGUUGAACGAGGUGGAAGAUCGUCUCGAGGGGAAGAAGAAGGAAAUCGAAGAAACUGAUGUCUUAAAAGACAAGAUUCUUCGUAAAUUUUCUUCUCGUGCAUUCUACGGACCGAAUUCUUCCUCGGAUUCGGAUAGCGAUCUAUUUACCAUCAAUGGAGAGCCAAUUGUGAAGAGAAGGAGAAAGUCUGAACGUUUGAAAGAACAGCCACUCGUCGUCAAAGAUACAUGGCAGCAUAUUACGGAUGAAAAAUGGAUCGUUGGCAUUAUCCUGCAAAAUACAUCCAAUCGGGAUCUGUUCGAGCUGGACGCCCACGUCGCCAUCAAGGACGUCCAAGAAUUUCACGGCGUCUCUACGUUUUGGUCCAAAGAUCCAAAGUCGUUUUGGUGGCGAACCGAUCUCGCUGAUUCAGGGAUUUCCGGAGAACUCGCAGCAACUGUCGUCGUCGACUUACCUCGGUUUACGGAUAGUCCGAUCGCCCAAUUGUUCGGCACCAUCACCUACGAUUUGGACGGUGUGCAGAUGCAGACUCUGAUCCCGACGCUCACUCUCUGCGUGGACGAUGUCCUGGAAGACAAGCACGACUUGAAUCUACUUUGCGAAUCCAACGGGGACGCAAACACCGCUCGGAACAAAAAAAUUCAAGCAAUUCUGUCUGCGAAGUCGAUAUCCAUCGACAAGAAGAUUGAAUUUAGACUCAACGAGCCGUUGAUCGGAGACCUCAAAGAUCUUCUCGAUAAUAUUGGUUUCACGGAAAUUUUGCCGAAAGUAUUUACCGGUCGAACUUCUCAUAUGGAUCGCUGCAUCUUGGAACUUAAGUCUGCUUCACAUCUCAAGUGUCGAAGUGUAAUUUGCGCCAGAUCCAUAUCGCAGCUGAACAUUCUUCUUCAUUUACUGCACAAAGUUCUGCCGAAAGAGACGAGCGUGAAUUUCAAAAACGUUGUCAACGCUGAGGAAGUAAUUACCGCGUUGGAAGACGAGCUGAAUUCGUAUAUGGAACCGGAAAACGCCUUUAAGAUCCAGAAAGCCAUCGCCAAGUCGGACUUGAUGAUCGAGGAAUUUCAGAACAGUUGCACUAUCCACAGGUUUUCGGAAUAGUUUACGCGAGUUGGGAAUGCUUAUAAAAUACAUAUCUUUAUAAAUAUAAAAAUAUGACUAAGAAUAUUUUCGCACACCUACGAACCCAGUUAUUUUUUCACUCCUUGAAUUUGAAAGUUACUCGUAUAAAAGCCGUCAGAUAUAAAUCUAAAUCGACUAAUUUACGAACUUCAUUUCGUACAGACGUAGUGAUUUUGUUCAAGACACUUACAUUCGAGUUCUUGCGCUUCACUUUCCGUCAUAAUUCUACAAGAAAAAUUUUAAUAAUACACCCGCCAUCUCGAAAUAAUUAUCUUAGAUGAGAUAUCAGUUGUGAUAAAUUUCGGUGCAAAACUAUGAUCAAUUUACUAGUUGAAAUCGAAAAAGUAGUCUGAAAUCUACUUGUAGAAGACUGAAAACCUCCCGACUAUAGGCAAUUUGAUGUACUA